UUCUCACCAAAAAAAAAAAAAAAAGAAAAGAAUAAUAAAAACGCAAAUGAGCAGAGCAGAGAGACACGCCAAGACCACAUCAAAUUCCUCGGCGACCUCCUCCUUGACCGCCGGCUCCCAUUUUCUCUCUCUUCCUUUUUUUUUAUUUUUUUAUUUCUCUGCAAAAAUUUCAUUUCAGAUUUAUUUAGAGGAGGAAGAAAAAGAAAAAGCAAAGCGUAAACCACAAUCCAAUUCGCCAACUGUUUCCCUCUUUCUCUCCAUUACUUAAUCCGAUUCUCCAAAAAUUAUACGACUUCUUCUAUUUCCAGAUCAUCGACGCCUUCUGUGAAUUCUCGGUUAAGGAUCCUCGGAGACGGAAACGACGUCGUUUGGGGGCAGGAGGAGGGACGACAGAUGGGGACGGUAAGAGGAGUUGAGGAAGGAGGAAUAGCCAGGAAACUGUGGAUCAAGUUCAAGAGCCACUCCGUUUUUGCUAAGUACACUCCGUUCUUCGUUUGCUUGGCUUCUGGUCAUCUCAACUCCGAUACCUUCCUCCAUUUCAUAUCUCAAGAUAUUCCCUUUCUUGAUGCCUUCUUCCGCGCGUACGAGUUGGCGGAGGAAUGUGCAGACGAUGAAGACGAUAAGAGUGCAAUACGCGAAUUAAGGAAACGUGUCGAAGACAGGCUUAAGAAGCAAGAUACCUUUGUCCGUCAAUGGGGCUUUGAACCCCUAAAAGAGUGCCCGUUCAGCAAUUUAAGGGUUAAAUUCACAGAUUUCCUGAUGGCAACAGCUGCGGGUAAAGUUGAAGGAGAAAAAGUUCCUGGUAAAAUUGCAACUCCUUUUGAGAAGACAAAGGUUGCUGCUUAUACACUUGGCGCUAUUUCACCUUGCAUGAGGCUCUUCUCCUUUAUAAGUAAAGAGAUCCAGGCUAUUCUUGAUCCCAGUGAAGGCAGUCACGUUUACAAGAAGUGGAUUGACACUUACUGCUCAGAGGAGUUUGAGGAAGCAGCUUCACAAACUGAAGAUUUGGUGGAUAGACUGAGUAUCUCUCUAACAGGAGAAGAACUUGAAGUCAUAGAAAAGCUCUACCAUCAAGCCUUGAAACUUGAGGUAGACUUUUUCUCUGCUCAACCAGUGGUUCAGAAAACAAUAGUCCCUUUAUCCUCGGUGCAAGUUCCUAUAGAGGACCGUCUUACCAUAUUUUGUGACUUUGACUUAGCGUGCACCACUGUUGAUUCCUCUGCCUUUCUAGCUGAGAUAGCAAUUGUAACAGCUACAAAGAUUGAUGCUGCUGAUGGAUCAGAAACCCGAUUGUCUCGGAUGUCAUCAGCUGAACUGAGGAGUACAUGGGGUGUUAUUUCCAACCAAUACACUGACGAGUAUGAAAGUUGCAUAGAGAGUGUCGUCAGUGGUGAGACAGUGGCAGAAUUUAACUAUGAAAGUCUGCAUAAAGCCCUUGAACAACUUGCUGACUUUGAGAAGAAUGCAAAUUUAAGAGUGGUGCAAUCAGGAGUAUUGAAAGGUUUGUGUAUGGAGGAUAUAAGGCGGGCUGGACAAAGUCUAGUACUUCAAGAUGGUUGUAGAGGUUUCUUUGAAAAGAUUGUGAAAAGUGAAAAUUUUGUUACUGAUGUUCAUGUACUUUCUUACUGUUGGUGUGGCGAUCUGAUUAGAUCUGCUUUUUCUUCAGGGGAUUUAAACGUCUUAAAAGUACAUUCAAACGAGUUAGCAUAUCAGGAGUCCAUCUCUACGGGUGAGAUUGUUAAGAAGGUAGAGUCUCCCAUGGAAAAGCUCCAAGCCUUCAAUAACAUUGUGAAGGACAGCCAUAGUAGGGACAAGUGCUUGACAAUUUACAUUGGAGGUUCAGUGGGUGACUUACUUUGCCUGCUUGAAGCUGAUAUUGGCAUUGUGAUUGGCUCAAGCUCAAGCCUGAGGAGGCUGGGAGGUUGCUUUGGUAUCUCUUUCGUUCCAUUGUUCUCUGGUUUGGUCGAAAAACAGAGAGAAAUCUGUGAAGGUAGGUUUUCUGGUUGGAAAGGGCGAAGUGGUAUUUUGUAUACAGUAUCUAGCUGGGCUGAGAUACAUGCAUUCCUUUUGGGUUCAUAAUAUACAACCUUUCUCUGGUAUAUUGUGCUGUUGUUAGAACAAGCAAAAAUGGGAGUUCAUUUCCAGUAGGAUAUAUAUAUAUAUAGAAUACAAAAUCGAAUUUGGUGGCUUAUUUUAUUAAAAGGCCACAGGUAUCCCCUUAUUCCAUUUUUCCUCUAGGGACUGCCAUUAAGAAAUACAGGGUUCUUAAAAUCAAUGUUGGAAUAGUCGGUCAAAAUUUUUUGUUAUCCUUUUUACAUUUAUUGUCAACCCCCGAGGUUUGCUUUGACGCUUCAUGCUGUCAUAAACUCUCAGCUGAUUAGAUUUAUGCUGUUACUUUUUGUUGGUGAGGAAAAAAGAUGUAUAGAGAUGUAUACAAGACUAGUUCUAUGGUUUUGGUCACAUUCUGGACAGUAUCUGGAAUCUUAUACGGAUGGCCAAUCCGAAAAAAAGUUGUUCGAAACUGUUAAAUAAAUUUACAUAAUGUUUAGUUAA